GCGCAAGCUUCACCCACAGCGACCGCAUUCCUCAAGUUUCUAUCAUUUUGAUGUGUGGAUUCAAAAACUAGACUUAUAGAUGGUGUUGCGAUUCUAUAGAUGGCUCCCUCUCGAACUGGAGCCCGAUUACAAAGAUGGCUAUACAUGUGACCAUUGUCAUAAGGAGUUUCUCGAUGCACCUUUUUAUCACGAAGAAUCAACGGGCACGGAUUACUGCGUUUCCUGCGGUGCGGCAGCUGGCUACACUCCAUACACCGGUCUUGUGGGGUCUUUGCUGUUUAGUAGUGGGGAAGCCGUUCUCCGCGAUUCGGAAUCAAACGCCGUAAUCUCUUUCGCCUAUAAAAUGGAUGCGCAAACCGUAGGUGUUUUCUUUGUCAAUAAUGUCAACAUAGUGCUUCACUUGCAGAUGAACGGCUCCAUCCGCGACGCUCUGAUCUACACUGUAGAAGAAGGACAAAUCAACACCAAGUCGCGGCUAACUGCCGCAGAAGUGAACCGCCGACUUCCGUGGCUCUCGACGGGCUCAUCGCUCAUCUUUGACAUAGAAAUAAAAUUGCAUUCUCUACCAUCUGUUCCAGUUCCGUUGGACGACGUGUCUCUUAUUUCUUACAGCGUCAAUGAGGAAUAUAUUUGCAUACGUCACUUGGACGAUUACGCACAAACUUUUGAAGUGGAUCACGGAAGAGAAAUUGUGUCAAAAGCCACCAUGCCUAUUUGCGUGUUUAUCGCGGACACUGUCGAUGACUGCUCGAAAAACGCAGCAGGAGCUUUUCUGCGUGAGAGUGCUGACGCGUUAAAAUAA